AUGGCAGAGGCAAUUAAUAUUGAUCCUAAUGAAGAUCUUCAUUCUGGAAAGGAAUAUGAGACAAUGGAACAAGGUUCUAUAUCAAAUGUUCAGGUUGAACUUAUAUCAAGAUUUUUAUCGGAGUGUCCGCAAGCAGCUUUAAAUGUACACAAGUACCUGCAGAAAAAUUAUUCAAAAUCAAAUCAGCAACAACAACAACUCAUGCAACCAGUGAAUUCAACACCGAAACGUGGUCAUCCACUAGAUGAAAGCGGAGGUUCGAUCAGCAACGGAAGAGGUCUUCGUAAACAUCCUCGAAGAGGUAUUGACAAUAAUGCACAUAAGCACUCACAUAAUGUAUAA